CUUUUUCCAUGCCCACCAUGAUUACCCCUUUCUGCUUCUCGUGACUAAAGCUAACCAUCUUCACUCUUUCCCAAACCCCAGUCAGCAGAGUACAACAUUCCUUUCUCUGAUCAUCAUAUCAUGAAUGAAUGUAUACCAAUCCAAUCAUCAGUAGCACAGUUUUCAAUCACCACAGCUACCAAUAUAUAAUGAAAUUUGAUUCCAUGCUGAUCCGUAUCUUCUGCACAUUAUUCAGUAUCUCCUGCGCGGUCGCCGCCGUCUCCGGCGACGAUGGAUCCUUGCAGCUCAACGACGACGUUCUAGGCCUCAUCGUCUUCAAAUCCGGCCUCCAUGACCGGUCAUUGCACCUUGCUGGGUGGACCGAAGACGACAACACUCCCUGUGGUUGGAAGUUCGUCCAAUGCAAUUCUGCGAACGGCCGAGUAUACCGGCUCUCGCUCGACGGGUUGGGCCUGUCGGGGAAGAUCGGCCGGGGGCUGGAGAAAUUACAGUACCUCGAAGUUUUAUCAUUGUCCGGCAACAACUUGAGCGGCGGCAUUCCUCCGCAGCUGGGCCUUUUGCCCCAUCUGAAAACGCUUAACCUAAGCAGAAACAGUCUCUCUGAGAGUAUACCUCUGGCUUUGAGUACAAAAACUACCUCUAUCCGAUUCCUGGAUCUUUCUCGGAAUAGACUGUCCGGACCUGUGUAUGAUAACAUGUUAGAAAAUUGGAGUUUACUCCGGUAUUUGUCUCUGGCUGAGAAUCAUCUCGAAGGCCCAGUGCCAAGCACACUGUCUAAAUGCACACUUCUGAACCAUCUCAACCUGUCAAAUAACCAUUUUUCAGGACAACUCAAUAUGAGGUUUUCUGGUCUGGGUUGGAGAGGGCUGGAAAGGCUAAGGAGUUUGGACCUUUCGAACAAUGAGUUUUUUGGGCAACUCCCGCCAUUGCCACACAAUCUGAAGGAGCUGUUUCUACAGGGAAAUAAACUGUCCGGUGAAAUUCCAAUUGAUUUGUUAUUAGGAUUUUAUUGCCCACAUCUCAUCAGGCUUGAUUUGAGUGGGAACCUCUUCACAGGUACACUCCCAUCUCUUCAAAGGCUUAAUAACUCACUCUCGUUUCUAAGCCUGUCGAAUAACCUCCUUGAUGGGGAUUUUCCUGAAUGGAUUGGGAAAAUGUCUAGCUUGGAAUAUCUUGAUCUUUCGAGGAAUGGAUUUAGAGGAUCAAUCCCAGAUUCAAUCGGAGGGUUGAAUAUGUUGAAACAUUUAAGCCUUAAUGAUAACAAGUUAACUGGUGAGAUUCCAAAGUCACUAGUUUCUUGCAAUGCUUUGACUGUGCUUCGGCUAAGAGGGAAUAAGCUGACAGGUCCUAUACCAGAGGGGCUCUUUGGGGUAGGACUGGUAUUGUUAGAUUUAUCAGGAAACAGUCUCAACGGUUCGAUCCCACCUGGUUCCGGGAAGCUUAUUGAGUCUCUCCAAGUGAUGGACCUAUCAGUGAACAAUCUCACUGGAAAUAUUCCCCCAGAAAUGGGACUCUUAUCCAGCCUCAGAUAUUUGAAUCUUUCCUGGAAUGAUUUUCACUCGAGAUUGAUACCUGAAGUAGGGUACUCCCAGAACCUGAUCGUGCUUGAUCUUCGAAACAGUGCGUUAACAGGAUCCAUCCCGAGUGAUGUUUGUGAGUCGGGGAGCCUCAAGAUUCUUCAGCUUGAUGGGAAUUCAUUGACUGGCAGUAUUCCUGACGAGAUUGGAAAUUGCUCCUCUCUUUACUUGCUGAGCUUGUCACACAACAAUAUAAGUGGAACCAUACCGAGGUCCCUUUCAAUGCUGUCCAAACUCAUGAUUCUGAAGCUCGAAGUUAACCAACUCAGCGGAGAAAUACCAAUGCAGCUGGGGAAACUGAAAAACCUUCUAGCUGUCAAUGUAUCCCACAACAGGCUCAUUGGACAGCUUCCGUCUGGGAGUAUAUUCCAGAAUUUAGACUCAAGUGCAAUAGAGGAUAAUCUUGGGAUUUGUUCACGCUUAUUGAAAGGACCGUGUAAGACACACGCAGAAAAGCCAUUGGUGAUCAAUCCGUUUGAAUAUGCAAAUCAGACGGAUCAUGAUGAUGUUUAUUAUGAUGGUCAGGGGCAUGGAGACAAGCCUUUGGGGUCACCAGGGCCACAUAAAUUCCUUAGUGUUUCAGCCAUUUUAGCCAUCUCAGCGGCAGCGAUCAUCGCGGUAGGUGUGAUGGUUGUGACCGUAGCAAACGCCACAGUUAAGAGAAGGAUUUCUUUAGCUGAGAACGGAAUGGAAAGCAUGUGCUCGGAUUCUUCAAGGUCCCACCACAGCAUGGCCACCGGACAGCUGAUACUAUUCGGCUCGAAAUCGUCCCCUCAUCAAAU